UACUCACUAUCCGUUGCAGAAGGAAAGCUUUAGAACUUUUAACGUUUCUAGAGAGAAAAGAAAGGAAAAAAAAAAGAAAAAAUGGAAGGGAAAGAAGAGGAUGUGAGAGUGGGAGCGAACAAGUUCCCAGAGAGGCAGCCCAUCGGGACAUCGGCUCAGAGCGACAAGGACUACAAGGAGCCACCACCAGCGCCGCUGUUCGAGCCAGGGGAGCUGAGCUCGUGGUCGUUCUGGAGAGCAGGAAUCGCAGAGUUCAUAGCCACCUUCCUGUUCCUUUACAUAACAGUGUUGACUAACCAGCGGGUAAUGGGAGCACCAAACAUGUGUGCCUCCGUUGGAAUCCAAGGCAUUGCUUGGGCUUUCGGUGGCAUGAUCUUUGCCCUCGUCUACUGUACUGCCGGCAUCUCAGGUGGGCACAUAAACCCAGCGGUGACAUUCGGGCUGUUCUUAGCUCGGAAACUUUCACUGACCAGAGCUGUCUUCUACAUGGUCAUGCAAUGCCUCGGAGCCAUCUGCGGCGCCGGUGUUGUCAAAGGCUUCCAGCCUACCCCCUACCAAACCCUCGGCGGCGGAGCCAACACCGUCGCUCCUGGCUACACCAAAGGAUCCGGCCUCGGCGCUGAGAUCAUCGGCACCUUCGUCCUUGUCUACACCGUCUUCUCCGCCACCGACGCCAAGAGAAGCGCUCGUGACUCUCACGUUCCGAUUUUGGCUCCACUCCCGAUCGGAUUCGCUGUGUUUUUGGUUCACUUGGCGACGAUUCCGAUCACCGGGACCGGUAUUAACCCAGCUCGGAGUCUAGGAGCUGCAAUCAUCUACAACAAGGACCACGCCUGGGAUGACCACUGGAUAUUCUGGGUGGGUCCAUUCAUCGGAGCAGCUCUUGCGGCUCUCUACCAUCAGCUUGUCAUCCGAGCCAUUCCUUUCAAGACCAGAACCUGAUUACCUUCUCUUUUGUUCUUUGUUUGUAUCGGAGCCUUCAGAAUAUUUGACAUGUGUGUUUUGUUAGUUUCAUGAAUUUGUCUGGGUUCCUCUGUUUCUUCCUUCUGUGGAUGUUCCGGUUUAAUUAAUUUGUCAUCG